AUGAAUGAGUCAUUCAUGUUCAUUGAAGAAAAUUCUAGAACCGACAAAGAUAAAGGUAUUUAUUUGCGGGAUACUGCUUGCAAAUACGCUUACUGGGGUCUUUUUUCACCGGGUCCUAUUUCUCCAUGGCUUUUUUUUGGGUCCUAUUUCUCCGGCAAUCGAAUCAAUUUUUGCCGUUUGAGCUGUCAAUUGGACAAAUUUGGUUGGCGUAAGAAAAUUUGUGGUAACGAAGCUCGUUUCACUUUUGAUAGCCAGGGUAUUGUUUUUCAGUACUUCGGACAAUCCAGCCGUAACGUAGAGCAACAAGUUUUCGUUUGGGCAUGCCUCUCGGUUCAAGGACCUUGUGUGAUUCGACUGAUUGAAGAAAAAUUUGACACUCACAUGUAUAUCGCUUUGCUUCAACGUGACGUGCUGCCACAUGUUUCUCGCCAGUCUUGUUUCAUACAAGACCAUUUCCCUGUCCAUGUUGCUGCAGCUGUUAAGACCUGGAUGAAAGACAAUGAUUUCCAUUUAUUUUCUUCAUGGCCGGAAAAGUCAGGCGAUCUCAUGCCUCUAAACUCUGUUUUUUUAAGAGUAGUAAUUGAUGUUAACAAGCAACAUCAACCGAUUCAUACAAAAGAAAAGUUAUGGGCCGAAAUUGAACGCCACUUUUUAUUACUAUCAACCGACGAUGCAUACGUAACGGAUAUUUUUGACUCAAUGCCUGAAAAUAUGAUAAGUGUUGUGGUCAAUAAUGGGGCCCUUUUGUAAUAAAAGUUUUUAAAAUUCCGAAAUUGUGAACCUUUCAUUUAUUUCUAUUUAACAAUGAGAAAAAUGACCUUGAUGGGUUUUGAAAAUGUAAAAAAGGUAGCAGAGAGCCAGUGCCGUUUGAAAAUAACACUUAUUUUCCGGCCUACGCCACCUGAUAGAGGUUGUAAACCGUAUAUGAACUCUUCCGUAGUCUCUGAUUUUAUAAACU